GUCUCGGCUACGAUCGCUCACAGUUCUCGCGCGCGUGCUCGGCUGGCCAUCGCUGGCCAUGCCUCUCCCACCCGCGCCGCACACUGCCACACCCAUCACUCCCGCACACACCACGCCCACCACCCCCGCCGCCAUGCUCUCCGAUAUCGAGCCGGGCCAUGGCGCGCGAUACCCGGCCGGGCCUUUCGUAGGUCCUUCUGCCGGCGCGGCAUACCCGGUCUCGGCUCCUCCUCCGCCUCCGCACUCCGUACCCUCCGCACGCUCCUCGCGCCUCUCGCUCGCCGCGGUGUGCGGCACAUUGCGCCUCGCGAUCCAACGUGAAGCAAGCGAAAGAUUGCCGACGGAAGUAUGGGAGGAUGUAGAUGGGAUAUAGAGCCAGAAGGGGGGAGGGAAUAAGGCGGGCCUCCACCCGAGUCCUCACCUCUGUGUUCGUGGAGAGUGAUGAUGUAUACCAUGG